GGGCACGAGAGGAGGUCGUAUCGCUGCCUCGCCCGACAUCCUCCAGUGACUUGGGCCGGCGUGCAUGCCUCCUCGUCCUUCCCCCUUCCUUCUUUGAUGGCUCGUGUCAUCCUUAGGGAUUCCUUACGUGCCUUCGGCGGAUCGCUUUGAGGACGCGGGAUUGUGCCUGGGUCAUGAUGCGAAAUUAAAAAAAAGAUGAUGGUGUUUUCGAAAGGGCCAUGAAAGAGGAAAAGCUCGUGUGAUUGCAGUCAUUUCGACGCUGUUAUUUCACUGUGUCCGAAAGUUUGAGUGAAUAGAUAGAUAGAGAAAUAAAUACGUGAAACACCGUCAUCGGCAGCGAAAAGGCUCUGGCCAACGACGUCGUCCGGAGAGCGAGAGGCGAUGGCGGCGACUCCUGAGGGCAAGCUGGGUCGCGCGGUGCUGGUGGCAGCGGCCGUGCUGUUGGCACUGGCAGCAGGGGCAUCCGGUGUCAGGUGCCCCGCCAAGUGCCUCUGCUUCCGCACCACCGUCAGAUGCAUGUUCUUGCAGCUCGAGAAGAUACCCAAAGUCCCCCCCGAGACGACAAUCUUGGAUCUUCGCUUCAAUAGAAUCAAAAGCAUUCCGCCAAACACCUUUAGAGACCUCAGUCAUCUCCACACGCUGUAAGUACCUCUUUCACUUCGCUAUGGAUGACUUAGAUGUUGUUAUGUGCAUUGUAUGUU